CUUAGGUAAGCCUGCUCUACCGUAAACAAGCUGUUCGUAAAGAAGAAUUUAUGACGUAUUUGCUAUAAUUUUUUCCGCAGACACGAGGUUGUAACCUGCUUGGUAAACAUUUCGAGUUGCGGUUGCUUCUUUAAACACAAACGAACAUCGACACAAUUGUAUCAUUUGGAAUGAGUUAGCUAGCUCUAUCCACUUCCAUCGCUGUCUAUCUCGUGUCUAAAGAAGACAUUUGCGGGUUUAACUCUAUUUGGAAAGUUAGCUUCAAGUUUGAUCAUUAUGCCCAUCCAGUGUAUCAGUUGUGCAGAAAACCGAGCCGUGCUCAGACGGCCGAAGACUGGCCAUUCGUUAUGUAAAUUCUGCUUCUUCUGGGCUUUUGAAGAAGAGAUUCACCAAACUAUCGUGUCGGCCCGGCUGUUUAAUCGUGGGGAGACGGUUGGGAUUGGAGCAUCAGGAGGAAAGGACUCCACUGUACUGGCUCAUGUUCUGAAAUUGCUGAAUGAGCGUUACGAUUACGGUCUCAAGCUACUGCUGCUUUCCGUGGACGAGGGCAUCACGGGAUACCGCGACGACUCUCUAGAAACGGUGAAGAGAAACCAACAGCAGUACGAUCUGCCUCUAAUCAUCGUGUCCUAUGAAGAGCUCUAUGGCUGGACCAUGGACGCCAUUGUCAAACAAGUGGGCCUGAAGAACAACUGCACUUUUUGCGGCGUGUUUCGGAGGCAGGCGCUUGAUCGGGGAGCCAUGAUGUUGAACAUGGACAAGAUAUGUACAGAAAAAGCCAACCCACUCUCUCCGCCUCGUCUCCUCUUUUGGAAAAAGCCAACCCACUCUCUCCGCCUCAUCUCCUCUUUCGGAAAAAGCCAAUCCUCUCGCUCUGCCUCUUGUCCUCUUCUGGAAAAAGCCAAUCCACUCACUCUGCCUCUUCUCCUCUCUCGGAAAAAGAAAAAAACAACCCACUGGCUUCACCUUGUCUCCUCUUUCGGGGGAAAAAAACAAUCCUCUCUCUCCACCUCUUCUCCUCUCUCGGAAAAAGGUCACAAUGCGGAUGAUGUGGCGGAGACGGUGCUGAUGAAUGUGCUACGUGGUGAUAUUGCUCGUCUGCGUCGCUGCACAGCAAUCAGCACAGCCAGUGAUGGUGAAGGAGCAAUACCACGCUGCAAACCUCUUAAAUAUGCCUAUGAAAAAGAAAUUGUCCUCUACGCCUACUUCAAGAAGCUUGACUACUUCUCUACUGAGUGUAUAUAUUCGCCUAAUGCUUACCGUGGUCAUGCACGUACCUUCCUCAAAGACCUUGAGGCAGUCAGGCCUAGUGCCAUCAUGGACAUCAUCCACUCGGGUGAAAACCUCUCCAUAAAGGAAGGCGUGAAGAUGCCUGUACAAGGAACAUGCUCGCGCUGUGGUUAUAUCUCAAGCCAGGCACUGUGCAAGUCCUGUGUGUUGCUGGAGGGCCUUAACCGAGGCCUGCCCAAACUUGGGAUAGGUAAACACCACCGGCUUCAUGACAAGAUCUUGGCCCAGCAGGCUUUAACAAAACAGGAGGAAAAGAAUCUAACUGCAGUGGACUUUUAAUGAGGUGUUUCUGCAUGUGAUGUAUAACAUAGGGGCAGGGGGUGUGACCAAUUGUAUUUUUAUCCUUUGGUUUUGCAGUAAUUUGUUGUUGAACUUUCUUUGGUGUUCUCCAAUAAACCAAACUAUUGCAUUUAA